AAAGUUUCAAAAUAAAACAACGGUCUCGAAAAAAAACGUUUUGGAAGAGAAUCGAGCGUUCAGAAAGAAUCUAAGAAUUUGCAAAGUGGAAGUGUGGCAGUUCUGGUGAAUGUUUCCUCCUGUUAGUGGGUGGAGAGAGGGACGCAGGAACCGGAAUCACGAAAUUCCCCCAGUUUCUUUUCUUCCUUCCCCCUCCCCUCUCUCUCUCUCUCUGUUCAAACACUCGAUUAUUCAUUGAUUCUGUUUUCUCCCGGAUCUCCUCCUCUGGUUUUUGCACCGAACCAUGGCGCCUCAGUCAGCCAAGGCGUCCUCGAUGUCUGUCCAGUGGAAGUUCCUGACCAGUUUCCUGGGAGUUUUGAGGAUGUCUCAGAUCACCCUGGGCACCGUGGUCUGGAUGAUCAUCACCAUCAGCAGGUACGAGGGCGCUUUGCACUACGUGGUCUUUGUGGCUGUCUUUUUUUGGCUCACCACACUGGCACUGUUCUUCCUCACCCUGCUGUCUAAGAGUGACCUGGUGCCCCUGCUAGGGGGUGAACGCUGGACCUUGAGCAAUGCUCUGCACGACUGGCUGGCAGCAAUCCUCUACCUGGUGGCCGACUGCCUGAUCAGUAAGAAGACCCAGGACAAGGAGUUCUGCGACCUGCCUACCUACACCCUCUCCUGCUCCUACAAGUCCUACCUAAGCGCUACCAUCUUCGCCUGCCUCUGCACUUUGCUCUACAUCAUCUCUGCCAUCUACUGUACCUACAAGAAAUGCCGUGGCGACCAGCCUGUCAUCUAAGAGGGGAGAUGCUUUCUGCUGAGAUUGCAUUCACUUAUUUGGGUUCUGUAAUUUCUUGUUAAAAUUUGGGACAACCCUCCCACCUCCAAAACAAAAUCAAUGAUGUGGCCAGUUUUGUGUUUCUCAUUUCCCCCUGUUGUCUAAAUGAGACAGACACUCUCUCCAGAGAUUGCAUUUACUUAUUCGGGUUUUCUGUAUUAUUUUUAAAAAUUGGGACAACCCUCCCAUCUCCAAAACAAGAUCAAUGAUGUGGCCAGUUUUAUGUUUCUCGUUCCCUUUCCCCUCUGCCAAACAAAAACAGAACAUUGGACACUUAUAGGAUUACGGACUGGGAAAUUGCACCAAGUGAUGUGAAAAAAUUCAGAGAGGAAGUUGGAUUGAUACAGUCAUUAUUGCAUGCAUUGGAAUUUUCUUUUUAUCCUGAAUUGAAGAAGUUGAGCACGGAUCAUUUCCACACAGAUCUUCGUGAGAUAGGCAACACUGCUCCUGUGUUUGAGAGAGAGCGACAGAGACUGAGAGGGAGUUGUAAUUUGUUGGCCUGCGAAUUCACUUAUAACUUUCUCCUCCACUUUCUGCGGCCCCAGAUCAGCUACAACAUUCCACAAGGAUUUUAGGAGCUGAAUAGAUUUCCUCUCGGCAAUCCGAACUAAACAUCUGUGAGCUCUGGUUGCUGGAAAAGGAGAAGGAAGAGACAGUCUGAUUGGUUACCUUUCAGAAUGGCUUGUUGUAGCCUGAAAUAUCUCUAUAACGACAUCAUGUCCCAACAAAUACUUUAUUUUGUGGCAUUAAGUACUUAACAUAGCUGUCAUUCUGGGCAGGAUGACAGAAUUCUGUUUAUUAUUAUUAUAGUAUUCAACGUAUAUGCCAGGUGGGGGCUGUUCCCAAGUCUUCUGUCUUUUCUCUUAAUAGCCAGUCUUCAGUGGGUUAGUCAGCCCUGUUUGCUUGUCUCUGGAACACCGUGCUGUAAAACAGCUGCUGUCUGAGCAGCACAAGCUUAGACAUGUUAAUGUAGUUUGAGAUUUUACUAAGUAUUAUGCACAUUUUUAAAAUGUAUAUUUAUACACUUUAAUGCUUUACUUGCAAUGGUGAAGGUUUUGGAUAUAUUAGGGCACAGAGGUUACAAAGUAGACAGGAUUUCAGCCUAAGAACAUGAAGGAAUUUGGGAAUAAGUGACUGACUUGUGAGGCAGGCAGGAUAAUAGGCUCAGGAGUCAAUAAGACGUUUCUGGGGAGAGAAGAGAAUGAGUAGAUGCAUGGGUUUGGGGUUUAUUGUCAGAACAUCAGUCUUUUGGGACUGUCUGAGAAGGUGGGUGGUUGGGAUCAGAAAAUGGAGAAAUUGGGGCAGCACUGUGGUUCGGUGGUUAGCCCUGCUGCCUCACAGCGCCAGGGAUCGGGUUACAUUCCCUCCGUCAGGGGAUUGUCUGUGUGGAGUUUGCACAUUCUCCUCGUAUCUGUGUGAGUUUCCUGCAAGUGCACCAGUUUCUUCCCACAGCCCAAAUAUGUGCAG